AUGGCGGUAGCGCAACAAAAAGGACCCAGUUGCAGCUGAACGACGACGAAGAAGAGCAACAUGGCGUCAGUGGGAAGUGGUGAGUGGAGAGCUAUCUGCGACAAAUUCACCGACGCCCAAAACCUUACGGAGGUAGAAUCACGAAAUGACCCGGAAAAUGACCCGUUCCGCUCCAAAUACAAGGCAAGGGAGCUCCUCAAGGAGAUAUACUGCUCGCUGAAGUGUUUUGAAGCUGGCGAAGGAGAUGAGGACAGCGGCGGAGAGAGCGCCGACCAGCAGCCGGCAGAGCAGCUGGUGGACGGGCAGAGGGAGGACGGGUUCGGUCAGGGCGUCAGCGGCGACUCGCCAGCCGGGCUGCGGGCCGCUAAACUCGCGGCUGUUGAAUACUAUCUGGGCGUCAACCACGUCGACACAGAGGAGCUGUCAGCCGGACAGGAGCAUCUGAUGAACUGCAUGAAACUGCUGGAGAGAUGCAGGGUGUCGACUGAGAAUGUGUCUCUGUGCAUCCAUGUCAGGAACCAGUUGGGCAUCCUCUGGGCGGGACGGGAAGAGACGGAGACAGCUCAGGGAUUCCUUGAAACAGCAGAAUCCAUCUACCAACGUUAUAUGAAGGAGGAUGGGAGUCCUCCCACUGACAUCACAGAGUACUUUACUGCCAAAGAAAAACUGCUGACACAUCAGGAAAGGACCAAGAGGUUUGAGUUGGCCUACACCCAUACCAUGUACUACCUUGCUCAAAUCUAUCAAAAGCUUGGUGAAACUGAGCGUGCUGCCACCUACUGUCACAGUACCCUGCAGAGACAGUUGCAGUUAAAUCAGUUCAGUCCAAUGGAGUGGGCACUGAACGCUGCUACACUAUCACAGUAUUACAUCACUAAGGGCCGGUACAUGGAAGGCAGACAUUGCCUCUCAGCAGCUACCGUCAUAUCAGGUUUGGCAGGAGAGGUUCCUUGUGAAGCUGCAGCACAGGAAAGUGAGGCAGAGAGUGAACGUAGAGAACAGCUCAGGCAAAAGAGAGCAGAGAUUGCGAGAUGUUGGAUCAAGUACUGUCUCAACCUCCUGCAGGAUGCUAAGAAGCUGCUAGAGGACAACAUUGGGGAGCUGGAUACUGAUCGUCAAGAAGAGAUGAAGAGAGCAAGAAGACAAGAGGAGGAGGAGGAAGAAAAGAACAGGAAGAGCGCUCUGCUGUUCGGCUCUGAAGAUAUCUUUGACUCCAUCACUAGCCAGGAAGAGAAGGUACGCUGUUUGUUCCCAUUGGACUUCACUGAGGCCAGAGCUGUAUUUCUAGUGGGACAGAAUUAUGUCACACAGGCAAAGGAGUACUUUCAGAUGGAUGGAUAUGUGACAGACCACAUAGAGAUCUUGCAGGAUCACAGUUCUCUGUUCAGGGCCCUGGCUUUCUUUGAAGAGGACCUGGAGCGGCGCUGCAAAAUGCACAAACGAAGAGUUGAUAUGCUAGAGCCAAUCUGCAAUGACUUGAACUCCCAGUACUACUUAAUGAUCCGCAGACAGUUGAUGUUUGAGUUGGCGGAGACUUACAAUGAAAUGAUGGACCUGAAACUGACACUGGCCAACAGACAAGCAGAUACGCAGUCGCUAGAUAACCACACCAUUAAGAAAUUCAACCACCUCUGCUCUGCCUCUGCCAAGUACUUCCAGAUGUUCCUAGACUCACUAUGUUCUCCAGAGGGUAAGCUUCCGGAGAAGCUGGAGGAGGAAGUGCUCAGGCCGGCUCUGGUGGCCCGCUUCAGAGUAGCCCGACUACACAGCCGGCUGAUCAGCUCUUCACCCCCUGUUCAGCUGGACAACCUCAACAAAUCUCUGGAAAACUACAAUUACGUGGUGCAGUAUUGUGAAGCCCACCCUGAGGCAGCGGCCGCUGUGGAGACGGAGCUGGAGCUGAGUAAGGAGAUGGCAGGCCUGCUCCCUCUCAAAAUCAACCGCCUCAAAGCAAGGAUGGCUGCAAACAACUGAAGGACGCUACUUUUCAUUAACUGAUUUGUUGGUGGACUAAUAUCAUUAAAUCAAUCCAGAUGAGAUGCUUAGUCCACAUUUACUAUCUUAUAGUCAGUGGACACCCCAGCGGUUAGAAAAACUGGAUGGCAGAUAUACUGACUUUCUUGCUUACUGUAUUUGUACUGGUGAUGGCCUCUUUUUUUUUUUUUGCAGUGAGCAUCCUGCUUUCACAAGACCUUUUAGCACAUUACACACUAUGCAUAUGUGCUUUCCUCUGUGUAGUAAAAAUGUGUGCUCAUUUUCAUUUUUCAUUUUCAGACAGCACUGAAAAUAUAUUCUGUUCAAAAUCAAUAUGAAAAUGUCUGUUUCAUUGUACUUAAAAAUAACUGAGAAAGAUAUCUUCAUGUUUUCAACACUUCAAAUUAAGUGUAAAUUGACCAGACCUGUUUGUCUCAGAAAAAAAAAAAAAAGUAAAUAAAAAAUUGCUAAAAUG